CCUUUGGUUCCACGGUUGUCAGGGCCAGUCUGCUGUUGCUGCUGCACCUUGGGGAGCUGCUCAUGCUGAUGCUGGAGAACACAGCAAAAGAAUAAUGCUGUGCUUUGGCACCUGUCGAGCCUGGAUCUUCAUGGUCCUGUUCCUGCUUUGUAGCAUCCAUUCAUUUCUUGCAGCACCAAUUCAUCCUGGUUCAGAACAGAGUGCAGAGGCACCCAGCAAACCUAACAUGACAAUGAAAGGUGUAUUUGAAUCUUUCUUAAGCUUCUUCAGACCAAUGACUUGCCGCCUCAGCAGUGAGCGACUCUUAACAACUCCUUGUACUGUAGAAGGCCUGAACAUGUCUGAAUGCUCAAAAAUUCACUGCUGUCCUCUCAAAAUUGGCCAUGAAGAGCAGUGCUACAUGCCAGUGAGAGAUGAUGUGCAGCUGGCCAUUCGAGUGAUUUUGCUUACUGGAGGAGGAUUUUUGACUUUGGGAUUUCUACCAAUCUGUUGCUGUGCCUUUUUGCAGAGAACUCCGUGUAUCAAUCCUUUACGAAAGAUAAGUAAAAAAGUACAGAAAAUUGCAAAGGAGAGAAGAGCAUUUGAUGAAAAGACUCCUGAUGAAGAGAUUCAUCGCCACUUACUGGACUGACUUAAGAAAGAACCAAAAGGACAAAAAAAAGAAGGAACAUCCACCUGAUCCUGAAGAUCAGUCAGAAGACAUCAGGAUUAUUGGACUAUCUCCUAGAAAAUGACACAUUUCAUUUUAGAUUUGAAGUAAUACAAAGUUGUUAACCCUUGAUUAUAGUACUGAUUUUGCAGUAAAAGUUUUUUUCAUUCUA